UUAUACGGGAGAAAAAACGAACUUACAACGGUUUUGCGCGCUUUCUUCUCGCUGGCAUUGCAAUUUGCAACCCACUAGCUAAACUCGCCGCCGUUGCUCUCAAAUCAAAUCAUUCUUCCAAUUCUUCUUCUCCCCCGUGAUUCAAUCGAUUGGUCUGUGCGAAGUACGCUGGAGUAAGCAAGUAGCCAAUUUUUUCCUCACUGGAAAAAUGGGGUUUCCGGCCGCCCUUGCCAUUGUCCUAAUCGGAAUCGUAUUCUUCGCCUCCGGCCUCGUCGUCAAUCUCGUGCAGGCAGUUACAUUUCUCUUUUUCCGUCCAUUCUCCAAGGGAUUGUAUAGAAGGAUUAACAAAGUGGUGGCGGAAAUGUUGUGGUUGGAACUCAUAUGGCUGGUUGACUGGUGGGCUAAUUUGAAGGUUGAAGUAUAUGCAGAUGAUGAGACCUUUAACUUGCUGGGUAAAGAACAUGCCAUGCUCCUUUCUAAUCACAGGAGUGAUGUUGACUGGCUAAUUGGAUGGGUCCUUGCUGAGCGCUCGGGUUGCCUUGGUAGUUCACUAGCCAUCAUGAAGAGAGAAAAUAAAUGGCUUCCUAUAAUAGGCUGGUCAAUGUGGUUUUCGGAUUAUGUGUUUCUGACGAGAAGCUGGGACAAGGACGAAAGCACAUUGAAGUCGGGUUUUGAAAGGCUGGUGGAUUUUCCCAUGCCUUUUUGGCUAGCUGUUUUUGCAGAAGGAACUCGGUUUACUCAGGCAAAGCUAGAAGCAGCUCAGGAAUUCGCUGCUGCAAAGGGCUUACCAAGUCCUAGAAAUGUUCUGAUUCCCCGCACCAAGGGUUUUGUAUCAGCUGUAACUCAUUUGAGGGCAUUUGUUCCAGCAAUUUAUGAUUGUACAGUUGCUGUCCCAAAAGAUCAGCCCUCACCCACUUUGCUAAGAAUGUUUAGAAGACAGGCUUCCGUGAUAAAUGUGAAAAUUAAGCGACAUCCAAUGCACGAACUUCCUGAAACAGCAGAUGGCAUUUCUCAAUGGUGCAAAGAUCUCUUCAUUGCCAAGGACGCUGCUCUGGAUAAGUUUCUUGUCAAGGACACCUUCAGCGAACGAAAGCAUGACAUCGGACGACCUAAGAAGUCACUAUGUGUUGCUAUUGUUUGGUCGACUCUUCUAGUCUGGGCCAUUGCCAGUUUGUUCCAGUGGCUUUCGCACCUAGGCUCGUGGGUAGUCAUUGCAAUCUUGGUUACUUUACUCGUAAUCAUCAUGAUCGGAAUGCACAUUCUCAUCCAGUCCUCGGAGUCGGAGCACUCUACACCCGCACGAAAUGUGACAGUUGUCUGUGAUGGAGUCCAGGAUAGACUCAUUCAGAAAUGAACCAGCUGGGGGCAAGACAAAGACUUCUGCUUUUUAGUAAAUGUUGUCCAUUUUAUUCUUGUUUCAGUCAAGUCAAAUGGUUAAUCUUGAACAGCUCAAUGAAAAUUCAGCUAUGGGGUUGUGUAAAGUCUUGUUCUUUAUCCAUCAAAACCUUUCCAAGUCAGGUUUUGAAGUUACAACAAGAGGGUGGGCUCAGCGGAUCUCUAUCUUUACUUUCUGCCGUAAUUUGGAAUG